AUGACUGCCAUGAAAGUGGAUGCUAAAGUGGUUAUGCUGGGAAAGGAGAGCGUCGGGAAAACCAGCCUCGUGGAGAGAUACGUACAUCACCGCUUUCUCGUCGGCCCAUACCAAAACACUAUCGGAGCUGCGUUUGUUGCCAAGUCUAUCACUAUUGGAGACAAAGUGGUUACACUGGGAAUAUGGGACACAGCGGGAUCUGAACGAUACGAGGCUAUGAGUAGGAUAUACUACCGAGGUGCGAGAGCUGCCAUUGUCUGCUAUGAUUUGACUGACAGUAGCAGUUUCCAGAGGGCUAGGUUCUGGGUGAAAGAGUUACAGAACUGCGAAGAGCACUGCAAAAUAUACCUAUGCGGAACUAAGAAUGAUCUCAUCGAGGAAGACAGGAGCUUACGACAGGUUGAUUAUCAUGACGUCCAAGACUUUGCAGAUGAGAUAGGUGCUCAACAUUUUGAAACCUCAAGUAAAACGGGAAAUAAUGUCGACGGACUCUUCCAGAAGGUAGCGGAAGACUACAGCAACUCAGCCUUUGAGCUCAUGCCAGAGGAGAAAGGGGUGGACUUAGGACAAAAGAAGGACUCUUAUUUUUACGCUUGCUGUCAUCACUGACUUGUCU